AUGCUAGCGGAAUUGAGAGUUUUUACAUUCUUGCUGUCAUUUUGUCUAGGGUCCCAUCUUUUAGAGAUCGAGAAUGCGUCUAAUUUUAGCCAGGUUUCGAUCCCGGAUCUCAACUUUUCAGCAAGCUCAAAUGGCGAAGUAGGAUUCCUCGGGGAUUUCGAUGGGUUUUCGUUCUACCAUUACGUUGGACAACAAAAUUUCACAGAGAUUCAAGAUUUGAGCGCCAGCUCGCUCAAUUAUUACUCCGAAGGUGUUUUUAUAGAGCUUUGUCAGGCGUCCAAUUUCCCCAAUGACUCUCAAAUUAAUCAUAUCGUGCCAGUUGGGCCCGAUUCUUUUGUUUUGAGUGGGAACGGCACCAUGGCAGGCCAUGCUUUGGACAAACAAAUUCUGUACAAUAUUACCACGCAGCAGUAUCGCACACUUUUGGCAAAUGGAAUAUCGAAUAUUAACCAAAUUUUUGUACACGGGGACGGCAUCUAUUUUGGGGGCGAUUUUGAAUACUCAACGGAUACCUCCAGAGGUCACAGUGCGGUGGUGUGGAAUAUUUCGUCCGAAACAGACUGUCUGCUACCAUUUGGUGGGUUCGGAGAAGGGUCCGAAAUAACGUCCAUCGUUGCACUAGAUAAUGGAACUCUUUUGUUUGCGGGGAAAUUUGAUACCCUAGAUAAUCCCACUUAUUUAAAGUCCCCUCAGGCAGCCAACUCAACCAAUCAAACGUUCUAUGAGCUUUCACAGCAAAUUCCCAUGCAGCUGGCUGCCUGGACGUCUUCCGACGGAUCUAUACAGGAAGAUGCAUUGAGGUGUCCGACUGGAACCGGUAAAACUGGAUGGCUGGUUGAAAAUCAAACAACAGGUCGCCUCAACGUGGCUUUUCCAAAUGUAAUUUAUCCAAAGAAGAUAAGGAUAUACAACGGUGUCUCUGACGAUGAACGGGUCUCGAUGUUUCGGCUUUUGAGCAGCCCCACAGAUGGCAUCAUGAACCUAACGUACCUAGAUCCUCUUUCUGGCAGCGUACGUUCCUGUGAUGCUUCGUGCCCGCUACUUUCAUCCAGUGUUAUGCAGCGCGCUAUGUCAAAUGGGACUGAUAACAUGUCGAGAUACUGGAAUUCGGAUGUGACGCUCGGGUGGUCUUCUACGUACCAAGAGUUUGCGUUCGUUAACCAAAUACCAACCGAAGGCCUUUCCUUUUUAGCGCUCGACUCUUUUGGUAGCUCCGUUUCUCUAAGUGGUGUCCAGCUGUAUGCCAGCCAGUACUUCGUUUACGCCAACAACACCUUAAAUGAGAUCGGAUGCGGUGACACGUCUCAGCAAGACUCAUAUUCUGUGCUUUCAAGUUCUUCAAGCUGGACAAAUAGCGAAUCUGGAACGUCUUAUGUUUCAACAGACUUUGACAUGUCAGAGGUUUUCCCGUCUGUUGCAUUCCAUCCAGAAAUCCAGAUUCCCGGUAACUACACUAUUGAUCUCCUAACUCCCGGCUGUCUUCAAGACAACUCAUGCUUGUCGCGGAUUCAGUCUAAUGUUUCUGUUUAUGAUAGUCAAAACAACACCCUUCUUUAUACAGGGCUAAUCUAUCAGAACAACGAUUACGACAAGAUCGAUACAAUAUUUUCUGGGUUUUUAAACUCAGCGCCUGAGGUCAGUUUGACCGCGCAUGCGAGCAUCCAGGAAAAUGGAAAGUCAGUGUUCGUGGCUGGUUGUCUUCUUAUAGAUCAGAUUGCCGUGAGUUCAUCAGUAUUUGAUGCCAAAGACAUUUGCUCGCUCAAUGGGAUAUUGAAAUACGAUGUCAAUCAGAGAGUGAAUCUAGGUGACUCCAGCAUCGAGCAGUACGCCACGACGAAUUUUGAAAACGGCAGCAGGUUCAUUUUAUCGUCCUACCAUGACUCUCUUUUACUCUCGGCUCCCUCAAGUGGACUAGAAUUAGUCAAUUUAUCAAACAGCUCCCUCGUAACUGAGAAAUCUCUACUGAGCGAAGGAAGUGUCGAGGAUUUCUUCCCCUUUUCGGAUGGUGUUCUAAUAAGCGGCUCUUUUGAUUCAAAUGCUACAAAUAGCUCCUCCUUCCUUUACAACGGAACACUUGUGCCUUUUGAGUCUUUCCGGGGAGAAUUGAGGCAGUUUAGUAACAUCACCAUAGAUGGUGCAGAGCUGUUUGUUCUCAACAACGACAUUUUGUUUAACACUACUUCACAAAAGAUGAUUGAAAAUUCCGCUGCUUUGUCACUUUCGAUCUUUUCAUCUGGCUCGAAUGAAAAUGAUGACUUGGUCUUUUUUGGAAGGGCAAUGCACAAUGAUUUUACCACACUAAAUGGAGCUGCGUUUUUCAACUCAGAGAAUCGGGUAUCUUCUGGGUUUGGGGCUGAUUUGAACAGCAAAUCAAUUGUCUACAACGCGCUUUUCGUUGACCAGUCUCGAACAGCAAUCGCCAAGUAUGACAAGAUAGCCAAAACUCACAUCGUUGAGAUUGCCGAUGGCGAUGAAAAUUCGAUUACAGUGCCGGAGACCUUCUCGGCCCCUAUCACUUGCAUGAGUUAUAAUCACAACAUGUCCACGCUUGCCAUUGGACUCGGUAGUGGAGCUAACGCUUCACAAUUCACACUUUACAAUACCUCCAGUAACAAAUUGGUAACAACAUACACUUUAGAUGUUGAAGCAUCCGUAAGCUCGUUUGUUUUCCUUGAGAGAAAUUUCUCGAUCCUUGUGGCUGGUGGUUUUAGCAUAUCGUCCACGAACUGCAUAGGUCUCUGUCUUUUUGACAUGGCCAAGCAAGAAUGGUCACCGUUCUUCAACAACUCCAUAAAGGGUAUGCUCUCUGACAUGAAAGUCUCUAAUCAAAGCGAGUUGAUAAUCAGCGGAAAUUUUGCAUUUCAUAACCACUCAAGCAUUAACCUGGCAAGAUUAUCGCCUGAAACAUCUCAUGUGGAGGUACUACGCCAGGGGCUGUCAACCUUAAAUGGUUUUGCAUUCAUGGAAGACGAGCGGGAAGGACUUUUUACCUUCGAUAAUAGCUCACUUGCUUUCAUAUCUAACAACACAACCAAAAGCAUUUCACUGCCUGAUUUAUCCACAGAUCCAGUCAUUGAGGGCAUUCGAGUAUAUCCCCUCUUGGAAAAGUCGACAUCAAGCCCAGCGGCGCAAGGUUUAGUCUUAACGGGCCGAUUUGCGCACCCAAUGUACGGCAAUUUAAGUGCAAUGAUUUUCGACUUCAAACAGUGGUAUCCGUACUUCAGCACAGUCACAACAGAACCUGUUCUGGGUUCUAAGGAGCAACGUCUUUUUGCCAAUAAAGAUGAAUCUGGUUUUCAUAAUUACCAAUACAUUCUGCCCAGUACCUCCACCUCAAACUCUACAAUGCCCUCUUCCUCGAAUGGUCCUUCUGCACCUUCCUCAGGAUCAGCACUUUCGAAGAAAAGGAAUAAAGUAGACCGUGGUUUUGUUGUCUUGAUUGGGUUAGCGUUGGCUCUGGGAACAAUCGCGCUGUUAGGAAUUCUAGGUUUGCUAUUUGCAAUCUUAAUACAAGCAGUCACCAAUAAAGACAAUAAUUUAAGCCCUCGGCUAAGUGAGGGCGAAAUGAUCGAUACAGUACCCCCGGAAAAGUUAAUGAAGUUUCUUUAG